AUGAGCGAUGAUGCCUUUUUUGAUCCCGAACGACCACGUCUUUGUAAAGCUACAGUAACGUAUCACAGCAAUCUGCAGUUUCAAGAUCGUUUAUCCUAUAUCGACAAGCGCUAUGAUCACUUGAGACGGCUCACACAAACGCUCAAAAGGAAAAUCAACGAUUUGGAGUGUCCUUUGUCUGGCUUAGCCGGAGUAGUUGGAAGUUUAUUGGAUACUGGAGGCCAAGUCGACACAAAAGUGAAUCUAACCCUACCGACUGAUGCUUAUUUAGUCGGUAGUAAAACAAUAAGUGAGGAACACUUGACAACAAGUGGUUGUCAUUCACCUGCCAUAUCUACGAUAACUACACGAGUGUUUUUGAAGGAUAUCAUGCGACAAGACAAUGAUGAAGAGAACAUGGAACAAAUCAAAGCAUUGAUCGAGGAUAUUAAACGAGAAAAGCAAUUGAUGCGUGAUGAAGCCCAUAUUAUUCGUGGUGAACUAUCACAAGCUAUGUAUAAUGAAGAUCUCAGAUCACAUUUACUGAACUUCAUUGCCGAGUUUGAGGAUACUUGGCAAGAGACGCCGAAGAAAAGGCUAACUGGUGAAUAUCGUGAGGAACAGGAACGACGACGGCAAAGUACCAGUCAAGGCGAGGAUGAUGUCUAUACACCAUCGUCUAGUGACGAUCAAACCUACAGGGAGACAAGCUUUUAA